AGUCGCAGCCGUUCUAGCAAGACUGCGGUAGUUUUGACGAGAGCCAUGUCUUUGCUGAGAGCCAGCUGGCUCUGCCUGGCAGGUGCUGCGCAAAUCUCAGUGAUCUGGCCAGAUCGACGCGGAUCCUGGUGUGGGCAUGUGCAGAGUUUGGCUGGCCGUGAGUUCCACAGGUGCCCUCUCGUUCCUCGGCCCCCAGCGUGCCGUGGGCACGAAGGCCAGCCAGACAGCACGCCAGGCUGCUCCGCCAAGAGACAAGGCGGCGAGGCCCAGGGCGCGUGACAUCGAUGAUGACGAGCUGCUGUAUUCCGAAGAGGACGAGUAUGGCGACGAGUUCGACGAUGAUGAGGAUGGAGACUAUAUGGAGCUUGAUGGGCCUCCCCCGGAGGUUCUUGAUGGCUGGGAGAAGGAUGAGAUCGCCAUGGCUCUCCUAGGACAGUUUCAGUCUGAGGAACAUCAUGGCAAGAACGUCAUGAGCUUUCGAGACGUGGCGCAGCUGUUGGAAGUCCUGGGGCUGGAGCGCGAGCAGUUCGUGAGCAUCUUUAGCGGAGAUGCCGAGGGCGAGGAAGACUUCGAUUUUGAUGACGACUUCCUAGAGGAGGAGUACGAUGCACGUGCCGCUGGCCGUGGCCGGGGAGGCGGCGGCGGCGGCGGCCGAGGUCGAGACCGUGGGCCCCAGCGUGGUCCCCCGCGUGGCCCCCCUGGUCGUGGAGGAGGAGGCCGUGGGCGUCGCCCGUGAGGUCAUCCUGCAUGAGCCGCAGUGAUCGGAUCUCACCAGCAG